AUGCCGCCGACAGCGACGAUAUCGUCCACUUCCGCUGCGUGCGAGCCGGAUAUCGAAGACCUGAUCAAGCGCGAAGCCUCUAACGCAGCUAAAGGCAAAGCGACGAUAUUCUCGACGCAACACGAUGCUAAGCGACACGAUUUCCGACCGCAGGAGCUGCUGACCACUCGAACGGAGCUGCUCGAGUGGUAUGACGCGCACCGCCGGAAACUUCCGUGGCGAGGAGACUCACCGCCGUAUUUGACAACAGCAACGCACACGAGUCAGAAGAAGAAAAUUGCAUCCAAAAAGACUGGACUGGAGACGUUCCUGAAAAAGGAGGUGGAGAAUGUCAAGUUGGAAGAGAUGCCUGUUGCUACGGAUGGAGGUAAUAUGUUGAAGCCUAGGAAGGUGGCGCCGUACGAGACGUGGGUGUCGGAGAUCAUGCUGCAGCAGACGCGCGUGGACACUGUGGUGGAGUAUUUUUUACGCUGGAUCGACAAGUUCCCGACAGUUGCAGCUCUGGCCGAAGCGAACGAAGAGGAUGUGAAUGCAUUGUGGGCUGGACUUGGAUACUACCGCCGUGCCAGAAUGCUGCAUGCUGGAGCGAAGUACGUGGUGGAGAAUUAUGGCGGCGAGCUGCCGUCUACAGUUGAUCAACUGCUGACAAUCCCGGGCAUUGGGCCUUACACUGCAGGAGCAAUCGCAUCUAUCGCCUUUGGAAACCGCGAGCCAUUAGUAGACGGCAACGUAAUCCGUGUGAUGGCCAGAAUGCGAGCUGUAGGAGCGGAUCCGAAAAACAAGCAACUGAUCAAUUUUUCAUGGAGAGCGGCAAAGGACUUCGUAGGCGAAUGCAACCGCCCAGGCGCUCUGAACCAGGCGUUGAUGGAGCUUGGGGCGACAAUGUGCACAGUCCAGAACCCUCGAUGCUCAGAUUGCCCUGUCAGGUCAGUGUGCCUCGCGUACGAAGAGGCAAAUACAGUCAAGUCUAGGACUGAGAGUACUUUAGUUGAGUCGACUGAGUCAAGUAAUUCGUGCUCAAUUUGUGACUACACACGUGUUACGGAGUGGGAUGAGUCUCACACCGAGGUCACCAAAUAUCCUCUGAAGGCGAAGAAGAACGACUCGAAGAAUGAGACGAUCGCCGUUGCUGUAGUCUCCGCUCCGUGUGGUUCACCGACGGAAGAGACAACAGCACCGAGAAGGAAGCGUAAAGCUUCAAAGAGUGUCGAGGCCGAAGCUUCAUCCGACUGGAGGUUUCUAAUGUCUAAACGUCCUGAGGGUGGACUACUCGCAGGACAAUGGGAGUUCCUCCACAGCAAGAUGAGCGAUAGCGACAAGAUCCCGCCAUUUUCCAAGCGGAAAUCGUUCAUGGACUCCCGGCUCACGGACAUAUUCAGCGAGACAGCGCUCUCUCGACUCGACAAGUCUGCCCCUGAGCGACGCGAUCUCGGUGAGCUCACACACAUUUUCUCGCACGUGAAGCACCACAUGGGCGUCGAGCACGUGCAUUUCAAGUCUCAGCCUGAGCUGCUGCCUGGUGCUGAGUCCGACGAGCUGCGCUGGAUGACAGUCGCAGAGAUGAAGCAACGAGGCAUCACGACUGGCGUUAAAAAGAUCCUGCAACGUGUGUUACAUCCCGACAAAGCCACCAGCAAGAAGGCAAAGGCCACUUCAAGCGCGACUAGCACAGUCUCACACGUCACACAAAGUGGUGGGAAGCGAUUGAAAACCAUCGCCUCUUUCUUCAAAAAAUAG